CAAACCGCUACGGAUGACUUGGCUAUCAGCAGCCCCCGCAUAGGCACGGCCUUUCGCCCAUUUAAGGAUAACAUCCCUCCACUCCCCGGACUUCCACAACUCUGGCGAGAACCUCAAAGAAUUAUGUUUAACUACGUUGUAUGGCUGUGCUCAACGUACUCGAGUAACUCUGUGGUUGACCUAUAAAUUGCACAUCCUCUUCACAAUUGUAGCUCACCGCACUAAUCUCCCACUUCCUCGGCAAGCAGAAACUCACUUUCAGCAUGGCCGAAAUCCCUGUCAUCCAAGUGCUCAACAAGGAGCAUUACUUUGCGCAGAAGCUCGUCUCACUACCAAAUGAAGUGCCCUACUCAGACCUCGCCCCAUCCUCCCUCCGCCUAAAGACCAAGGUCCUCAGUCUCACAAGCAACAAUCUGACCUACACCAAACUGGGCUUUCUCCUCAACUUAUGGGACGUCCAUCCCCUACCACCUACCACACCGGCCCCUUACAACGAUGCCUCCAAAUAUGGGCUCAUCAACGCCUGGGGCUACAUGGAAGUCCUGGAAUCUACGCAUCCGUCUGUGGAAAAGGGGUCUUACCUCUGGGGCUACGUUCCCAUCGGCACGCUAGCCCAGGAUCUCGAGGUCAAGAAUGCAAACGUAGCCGGGCAGGUUCUGGUCACGAGUGAGUAUAGAAAGCAUAUCAUGCCUAUUUACAACCGCUACCUUGUCAUUUCUCCGUCGGCGGGCCUCGCGGAGGAGAUUGAGAAGAAAACCAACAGUCCCGCGUAUGAAGCCCUCGUGAGAAUCAUGUUUGAGACGGCGUACCUUAUGAAUCGCUUUGCUAUGCCGGGAGACUCCAAGGAACUCGUGCAUCCGGGUAUGGACCCCCGGAUACCGUGGGAACCGGAGACGGCGGAUCUGUCAGGUGCUACGGUGAUCUGCUUCGCGCCGGGCAGUAAGGUGGGGAUGUGUUUUGCACAUCAACUUAAGCAGAACAGGCCAAGGGCCAAACCCGUGCGGGUUGUGGCGGCCACGAGCGAGGUUUCGCAACCAUUUGUGGAGGAAACCAGCCUGUACGACGAAAUUGUUCUAAGCACCUCCUCACCGACCGAGUUUCUCUCCAAGCUCGGCGUCCAGUCGGGAGACAAGGUCGUACUUAUCGACUUUGGUGGGCGGGGCAAAGUCGGGGCUCGCUGGACAACGGAGAUCAAGGAGGCAGGCUACAGCAACUUGCUCCAGGUCGGCAUCGGUCAAGAGAUUUCCGAGACGUCCCAAGCGGAUGUGUUGGAGCUUUUCAGUACCGGAAACCCCAGCAUGUUGAUGAACGCCAAUGAUAUGCGCAACCGUGCCAUGGAAUUGGUUGGGGAGAAAGAAUACUUCGAUGAAUUGAACGAGGCAUGGUUGGAGCUCAAGAAGCAGGGCUUCAAGGGGUUCCAAGUCAACUGGGGCGAGGGGAUGGAAGCUGUCGAGAAGGGAUGGGAUAGCAUCUGUAAGAGUGAGAUAAAAACUAGCGUAGGUUUGGCGUAUAAGCUGUAGGAAUUCAAUUGUCUUUACAGGGGUAACAACAGUGUAAUCUACGGACAUCACAAUCAAGGAAAGGGGUAACGUGAAUGUACACCGAGCUGGCCACCCUUACAUAACCUCGCAUAGAAAUUUUACGAUAGUAAAACCACAACGCC